AGCGUUUUUAGGUUGGUGCUGGUUUUAGUAUUUGGGCAUAGUGUACCAUAUACAUUUUAGUAGUCAGGGCCCCUUCUGUUAAUCAUAUUUUGAGAUGUCAUGGGCAAUGAAGAGACUCCAACUACUUUCCAUUGCUUUGGUUCUUUGUGGACAUAUAAAUGGAUUCAGUGUGUGGAAUAGAACAUCUAUCAUUGAUUGGCAAGCUGGACAUUCUAAUGUCACAGGGAACCAAAAUUUUCAUCUUGCUACACCUGUUCAACCUUUUCAGCUACUGUCCAGAAAAGGUGCAAAUGGAAAUGUUGGAGGAGGAGGAGGAAAUUCUAGUAGUGUUAUGCUUACUUCUGAGGUCCAAACUGCUCAACAUGAUUCUAGUUUUGUGCAGUCUUCUGGUGGUGCUGCUCAUGGUAAACCUGUACUAAAUGCUCAUAGUCAAGCUGCUCCUACCAUUCAACGCCAGAAUAACUACACAGCUCAGUCUUCAAGAGUUUAUUGGUACGAGUCUCUCAAGCCUAAUAACUGUGGCCCUUCGCUAUCUCAAUCUUGGCCUGUAAAAGCUCAGUAUGCCCCUGGAUUCCAGAGACCAUCCUCUUCCCAGUCUGCAGGUACCACAAACCAGGUAUCUGGAUCCCAGACCCAAUCAUUAUACCAGCCAAUCUCCACAACACAGGUUUUGACUGGCCAGUCUGCUACAUCUCUGGCUCAGUCCUCAGGUGAAUCAACAUUGUACCAAGGGCAAGCCUCCAGCGGGUACAACAUUUCACAGGACUGGAGAAUUAUACCUUACUCCCAGUCUGUAGCCAACAUAAACCAGGUAUCUGGAUCCCAGACCCAGCCAUUAUACCAGCCUGGCACCACAGCACAGGUUUCGGCAAGCCAGUCUGCUUCUACAUCUCAGGCUCAGGGCAGCUAUGGGGGUGAAUCCUCAGGACAUGCUAAAUGGUAUAGCAUUUUACAGGGUCAGACAAUUCCAUCCUCUUCUCAGUCUGCAAUCACCACAAACCAAAUCUCUGGAUUCCAGACUCAGUCAUCAUACCAGCCUAGCUCUGCAACACAGGUUUUGGCAGGCCAGUCUGCUUCUACCCCUCAGGCUCAGGCCUCAGGUGCUUCAUUGUAUCAAGGUCUAUCCUUUGGUGGGUAUCUGACUUCACAGGGUCAGAGCAUUCCAUCCUCCUCCCAAUCUGUGGUCACCACAAACCAAAUCUCUGGAUUCCAGAGCCAGUCUUUAUACCGGCCUAGCUCCACAACACCGGUUUUGGCAGGCCAGUCUGCAUCUACCCCGCAAGCUCAAUCCUCAGGUGCUUCAACAUUGUAUACAGGUCUACCCUCUGGCAGUUAUCUAACUUCACAGAAUCGGAGAAUGCUGUCUUCAUCCCACACUGCAGUCAACACAGAACAGAUCUCUGGAUUCCAGAGCCAUUCAUACCAGCCUAGUCUCACAACACAGGUUGUGGAAAGCCAGUCUUCAUCUUCAUUUCAGGCUCAGGGCAGCUAUGGGGCUGAAUCUUCAAGACCUGCUAAAUGGUACAACAUUUUAUGGGGUCAGAAUAUUCCAUCCUCUUCCCAAGUGUAUGGAUUCCAGACCCAGUCAUUAUACCAGCCUAGCUCUACAGCACAGGUUUCUACAGGCAUUUCUGCUUCUAUGUCACAGGCUCAGUCCUCUGGUGCUUCAACAUUGUAUCAAGGCCCAACCUCUGGCAGAAAUAUGACUUCACAGGAUCAGAGCAUUCCAUCCUCCUCCCAGUCUGUGGUCACCACAAACCAAAUCUCUGGAUUCCAGAACCAGACAUUUCAGCCUAACACCACAACACAAGCUUUGGUGGGUCACUCUGCUUCUACAUCUCGGGUGCAGGGCACCUAUCAGGCUGCAAAAUGGCAUAUGAUAAAUCCUUCUGGAUUCCGCACUUGGCUACUGAAUACAGCAAUUUCUCCAUCUCUGAGCUCUGAUACCCAAUCAGCCAACAAUAUUUUGCCAUUUCUGAACCAAAGUGCUGGAACUUCUGCCAUGUCCCAGAAUAAUGUGCAUUCCCCAGCAUUUCCCACAUCUACACAGUUCUCCCCUAUCCCACAAACUGCUGCCAGUCCCUCGGUCUCUCUAGCCAAGCCUUCCCAACAGACGCAAGGCUCAAUGGUACAGAGUGGAAUUGCCUCUCUAGCAACCAGCCAAACCUCCCCACAUGUUGCUUCAACAUCUCAAGGCACAGACAUUUAUGCUGCUGUACCCUCUCAAGGUGCUUCACAGAAUAUUGCAGGCAUUUCUUUCCAAGGUGCUUUGCCCCAGGUACGACAUGACCAACACAGCCCAGUGUGUAAUUUUCCUUUAGGUUUCUGCAUGUCUUCUCAAGGAGCUGCAAACAACAAAUUUGUUUAAAGCCAGAGUGCACAGACGCAAAACCUGUGAACCAAGAAAUCGUGGACCUCUUUUGAAAAAGGCAAACCAGUUUCUCUUCAGCAUUCAGUGUUCCAAGCUUUUCCAAUAGUGCUGUAAGUGUGAGCUCAACUAGUUGCAGCUUUUCUCAACAUCUCUACAAUGCAAACUAUCAUUCUGUAACGGAGGCCCUCCUGACCAGCUCAAAUCUAUUAAAUAUUGAGUGCUUCUUUUGCUGCAGACUGGUGAAUUCCUGAAUAUUUGCUCAUUUGUGGUGGUUUAUUGGUUGCCUGAAUGCUUGUCUGAAUAUUUAUAAUGUAAUAAAUGAAGAAUGCACAUUA